CUUGGGCUCAGCCAUAGUCGCAGCAGUAGCAGCCCUUCUACAUCUUCGGGCGUUCACCUGCUCAGCAACAACAACAGCAGCAGCAACAGCAACAUCAACAACCUCAGCAAUAACAACAACAACAACAACAUCCACAGCAAUUUCAGCAGCAGCAGCAACAGCAACAACCUCAACAGCAGGGAAUCAUCUUUCAACCACCGAAUUUACUUAACAGCACACAGAUCAAGACAACCAU